UAAUGCGAUGGUCUCGUCUAACGACCAACAGGUAAUGGAGACGACAGUAGCGAUGAUGAGCUACCUACGCUGGAGGAACUACUCCGACGCCCAUCUCCCAACACCAAUACCGAAUUUGCGGCGCCGGACGGGAUGGAUGAUCCAGCUAAGCGCAUGAGUGCUACGGCUGUCUUACAGUCUAGGCAGGCGCUCGGGACGUGCGUGGCCGCCGAUCAAGAGUCUUUAAGAGUUAAUAAAGAAGAGAGCCUCAACAAUUCACCGGCCAAUGGGGAGAGUAAUCGCAAGAAGGCGAACACAGUAGGCGAUCUGUUACCGACCCCAAACAAGCGGAAGCUCGAUCAGCUUAGUCCACCCAACGAUAUCGAUUAUAAUUCCGAUGAUUCUGCCAAAGACGGCACCGAGGGCCUGCGGCCCCAGAAGCAACAAAAACAACCCAACUCACACAAUGGCUCCCCAAUAGAUCGCGAUACUCCAUCGCUGCACGAUAGGACUGGUCACAAUUCCGGUAACAAUAACGGUCGAAUUGUCAGCAACGGCAGCAGCAACGGCGCCGACACCUCGGACCUAUCUCGAAGCGACCUCCUUGAUUUACAGAAUGGCGGCGAUGGCGAACACCUGUCUAGGCCCAGAACAGACAGCGUGACUCGGUCUGGCUCCCCGCAAACAUCGUCUCCAAGAGCGAAGGCUAGAGAUGGACUCAGCGCCAACACCGCUUACCAGAUAGCCGAUGUUACUCUUUACCCUGUGCCAAAGGCCUUGUCGAUUGUUACAGCAAUUGUCCGUUGCAAUGAGUCGAAAUUGCCUCUAGACCUGAGAGAGCUUGGCACCAGCAUUCUCGGAGAGAAAGGUCAAAUCAUCCGGAUAACCCAGGUAUCGCAGGAUUCAUGGUUGUUAUUGGGAUGCCGAUAUGAUGAUGGUGCAUCAGACUCGCAUCCUCGUCGAAGCUGGGCGAUGCUCAGUGCAGACCAGAAGAGCAAUCCUCACAGCGAUGCUGCGAAUUAUGACGCUAACCAUGCAGACAACCACAUGGGCGAAGAGGACGAGGACGAGGAUGCAGACGAAGACACAACGGAAUACAGACCUCAUGCUAUAGGCACUGAUCCGAGGUUCAACAGAGGCGAUAUGCGCUUCCGCAAACGAACGCGCGUUCCGUGGUUGGAGUCGGACGACCAGCGGUUACUCGCGUACAGGAAUAAUAUGGCCAUGGAGUGGAAGGAUAUAUUUGAACUCUUCCCAGAUCGGACCCCAGGCGCAGUACGGAUGCGCUGGCACACGCUUCAAAAGAAAUGAUCCAUCGCUACGACAAAAUCAGUAUAUGUACCCCCUCUCCUUGGCGAUGCUGCCCAAGCCAUGUUAUAUUAUACGGCUAUUGCUCGGCCGCGUCGCAUCGGACCUGCUUCUACGACUUUCAGGGCUGGACGCGCGGCUCGGAUUUUCGCAAGUCCUAGGGCGAUUCCACGUUGUGGUGAAGGGGUAAUGUUGCCAUGUCGGAGGGUGUAGAUAGUUAAACUACUACGCUCGCCACGUCA